AUGACAUCCCCCUCAACACGCCGCCUCCUCAAAGAAUCAACAGACAUCCACAAAAACCCAAGCCCCUACUUCACCGCCUCCCCAAUCUCCGACAGCAACCUGCACGACUGGCACUUCACCCUAACAGGACCCCCAAGUCCAACCCCCUACGCAAACGGCCUCUACCACGGCCGUAUAACCUUCCCACCAACCUACCCACUCCGCCCACCAAGUUUCCGCUUCCUCACGCCGUCGGGCCGAUUUGAGGUAAACCGCGAGAUAUGUCUGAGUAUUUCGGGUCACCAUGAGGAAACGUGGCAGCCGGCGUGGGGGGUGCGGACGGCGCUGCUGGCUAUUCGGAGUGAGAUUAUGGGGGCGGAGAGUAAGGGCCAGGUUGGGGGGAUGGAGGGGAGUGAGGCUGUUAGGAGGGAGUUUGCGAGGGAGAGUCGGGGGUGGGUUUGUCGGGAGUGUGGGGGGAGUAAUGAGGAGGUUAUGAGGGGGUGGUGGGAGGUUUGUCGGGAGAGAGGGGUGGAGGUUGAUUUUGAGGGGAGUGAAGUUGUGGGAGGGGAGAAGGAGGAGAAGAAAGAAAUGGAUGACGAGGAGGGUGGUGAGAAGGAUGAUGGUCAAACUGAAGUUGCUGUCGAUAAGCCAUCAACUACGCCAGCUACUCCGGUUUCAGCAUCCGCCGUGUCUCCAGUCCCUCCAGGACCUUCUGGGCCAUCCUCAACUCCGGCAGUUGUCCCUCCAGCACCAUCAACUCAAUCCAAUAUUCGCCCUCGCCCUACGCCAACAUCUCCUGCUCCCGUGGCUAUGGCUGCUAGAACUGCAGCUGCUACCCAAUCCGAACCUGCAAACAGUCCCUGGCUGGACCGCGCUAUCAUCGGCAUCGUCUUUGCCUUGAUUAUUCUGAUUACCAAGCGGACGGUCAAUGUCGAUGACCUCUAA